AUGAUGUUUUACAGAAGAGACCAAGUCGUGGUCUUUGUGUUUGUCAUUGUGACGGCAGCGGCAGAGGUGCAGAAGAACCUCUCACCUGAAUGUAAGCAGUUCCUGUACAUGGGCACUCUGCCCAGAGGGCUCGAAGAACAACCGCUUAAGAUGAUAUGCCAGUUCUAUGAGGGAAAACCUCGAUUUGUCACUCUGUAUGACACCGUCAGCCACAUCCCUGUUUAUUCUGCGUACACCUUCAAGCGCUCAGACGGCUCCAAGAAGGCUGAUGCACCCUGGAUGUAUGAACCACAGCUCUCCACUGUCACUGGCCCACGGGAGAUGCAGCAGUUCCCAUCUGAAGAUGUUCAUAAGAGUUUUGAAGAUGCUCAGGCUGUUCUUGAUGACUACUCUGACACUGUUAUCUUUGAGCGUGGUCAGCUGAACCCGGAUGAGCAUCAGGCCCAUCCAAAUGACAAAGCGGCCACCUAUACUUUGACAAAUGUGGUUCCUCAGGUCAGAGACUUCAAUAUCGGUCCUUGGAAAAGCCAUGAGCACACCAUCCGCAGGCGGCUCAAUAACUACUGUCGUGGUACUGCUUAUGUGGUCACAGGGGUCACCACCUCAGGACAGAUGAUCCGGCGCCGGAACAUCAACCGCCUGGCGAUCCCAACAUACUUGUGGUCUGCAUACUGCUGCAUUGACUUUGAUCACAAUGCACCGUUCUCUGAGCGCUCAAAGUUCCCUGCUUUUGCAGCCCAUGGGCUCAAUGAUAGGGAGAAUAAUAUGGUCCAAGAGAUGACGAUCCAACAGCUGGAAGAUUUUUUAAAGAGAGUAACUUAUGUUGGCAACUCUUUCCAGAUCUUUUAUGACAACUGUGUGCCUCCUAAUAGUGAUACCAGUGGUCUGCGUUUGCAUUAA